AGCUAGCUUGUGCACUGCACACAACACACACACUGAACUCUCACAUAAACACUUCAACUCAUCCCUUAGCUAGAGCUAUAGCUAGUGUGUCAAUUAGCAAUGGCGGUGGCGCACAAGAACAGUAGUAGAAACAAGCUUGCAGUCGCCGCCAUUGUGGCGCUGAUGAGCCUCCUCGUGUUCGCCGCGGCGCCGUCGGAGGCAUGCGGCGGCCGCUGCAACGGCGGCGCCUGCAGAUCGCGGUGCGCCAAACCGACGCCGGCGCCGGCGCGCCGCGCCGCCGGCGCCAAGUGCCCGUUCGACGCGCUGAAGCUGGCGGCGUGCGCCGACGUGCUGGGCGGCGGCGGCGGAGGAGGAGGGCUGCUGAACCUGGGCCAUCUGCUGGGGAACUCGUCGCCGUCGUCCUCCGGCGAGCAGUGCUGCGGGCUCCUCGCCGGCCUCGCCGACGUGGACGCCGCCGUGUGCCUCUGCACGGCGCUGCGCGCCAACGUGCUCGGCCUCGUCGGCGUCGAGCCGCACGUCCAGCUCAGCGUCCUCGUCAACCGCUGCAGCAGGAAGCUCCCCAAUGGCUUCCAGUGCUCCAGCAACUAGCUAAUUAAGCUAGCUAAUUUGAUUAUAUCUGAAUUAAUUAGUGCUUGAUGAGCAGCUCAUGCAGCUAUUGUUAUUGUUCGCUUAUUUGAUUUGUUGUUAAUUGCUUUCGGUGUCGUGUGUGAUCGUGUAGCGCAUGCUUACUACUUUGAUGACCGAUGUUGAGUUAAUUAAUUCCUGUGCUUGAGUGAGUGACAUUACAUCUACAUGUACCUCGGAGUUGAUUUGUGCUUUUGCGUGCUAAAGUUCGUUAUAAAAAUCUUGUGUUGAAUAUA